AUGAUCGACGGCGGCAAGACGGUCUCGCACUCGGUGGUGCCCAAGCAGGCGCCCGUCCCGACGCAUCACCACCUCCAGAGGAUAGACGUUGUCAUUGACACGGGACAUCCCUCGAGCCAGCCUUUGUCAGCAUGCCAGGACCAGACGGACGGCCUGUUCCUCUGCGCGUCAUGCUGCGGUGCGCACAGUCGAAGCGAGCAGGCGGAGGGCAGAUUUUUAAACAAAUGCGAGGCCCGGGCUUCGUUGGUUGGCAGCCCGCCAGGCGAGGCGGGCUUAGGAUUUGGCCACGGCGAGACUAACAGCUACGGUAAGCUGGAAACGAUGCCGCGAUAUGCGGCACGGGACGGAAAUAUUAGCUGCGAUCUGACCGAUCAAAUAGAGAUUGAAUAA